UUACCCCACAGCGGCACGACCACAAAAGCACAAACUGUCUGGCGCCGGGGAAGCCCAUAUUUGGACCCCCAGUUGUAUUUGCGUAGAAAAGCGGCACACAAAAGAUGGGAUAUUCCGGCGAUCUCAACGCUAAUCAGCUUGAAUUCUUUAAUUCUCAAGGAUUUUUGGUAUUGGAAUCAUUUGCAAAACCAGAGGAAAUUAAUUCCAUGAGGAUGCGAAUGGAACAGUUGCUUCAUGAAUUUGACGGCUCUACUUCUGUUAUCUUCUCUACUAAAGAUCAUAGUCAUGCAAAAGACAAUUACUUCUUCAAUAGUGCGGAGAACAUUUCGUUUUUCUUUGAGGAGAAAGCGUUUGAUGAGGAUGGUAAACUGAAGCAACCUAAACAACUUUCUAUCAAUAAAGUUGGCCAUGCUCUACAUGAGCUUGAUCCAGUUUUUAAAGAGUUCUCUUCCUCAAGGAUUUUCGCAAGGCUGCUCUCAAGUUUUGGUUACAAAAGGCCGGUGGUAAUUCAGUCUAUGUACAUUUUCAAGCAACCAGGCAUUGGUGGAGAAGUGGUGCCACACCAAGAUAAUUCAUUUCUUUAUACGGAUCCACCAACCUGCACAGGAUUGUGGCUUGCUCUAGAAGAUGCCACAAUGAUCAACGGUUGCCUUUGGGCCAUCCCUGGCUCUCAUAAAAAUGGCCUUGUGAGAAGAUUCAUUAGAGACGAUGAAGGGGUACACUUUGACCGUCCAUCUCCAACAUAUGACCAGAAUGAUUUUGUUCCAAUUGAAGUUAAAGCCGGUUCCUUGGUUGUCAUUCAUGGUGACCUUAUUCAUCAGAGUUUUGAGAACCAGUCACCAAAUUCGAGGCAUGCUUAUAGCUGGCAUGUGGUGGACACGGAUGGUUGCAAGUGGGCAGGAGAUAAUUGGAUCAGAAGAAAGCAGGAACCUGAGCCUAUAUAUGCUUCCUGAUCUGUAAACACAAUCAGCGUAGUUGCAAAUUUUAUUCUGUAAGCAUUUGAAUCGAAAUACGAGGUUCUGUACAACUCAACUUACUGUGAUGUAACAUUAGCAAGUAUUUCACGAUCCCAAGUUUGCUUAUGUUGGUUAUUUUUUUCCCUUCUUAUUUUCUCAUAUAUGGGAUGGGGGUGCCUUGAAAAUUGUGUUGCUGACAUUUUCCAUGUCUAGUCCCGAAAAUUCGUAGUUUGUUAAACAAUUCUGUAAAAGAGCUGGAAAGAAACAAUAUAUGAGUGCCUUACAGGUUACUAAAUUGACAAGAAGAUUCAGCUUGAA